AUGUCGCAAGAAACCGAGCCCCUCCUUCCUCGCUAUGAGGAGGACACGACCCUCCAGCGGCGGUUGCAUCAAAAACUACACUCGUUUCAGAUGCUGCGUGCCCUCUCGGAGGGUUACUUGCCAUCUACCGACCAGGUUGUUAUUAAUCUCCGUACCUUGUUGGCCUCCGAUAUUCUGAAUCCUCGUGCCCAGGAUAUCGGCUCUAUCGGUCGCCAGCUUAUCCGAGACUGUCGUAUCUGGAUACAAGUCUUCAUCGAAUUAUUGCGCAACAAAAAUAGUGAUGAUAAGCUUCAGGAAUUCUUGUGGCAUCUGUCCCGGUCUAGGGCAUCUCUUGAUCGCGGCCAGGUCGCACAGCAUGCCUCACAUGUGGGGGCUAGACAAGAUACUAAAGCCGCGUAUGAUAGUCUUCGUACUGUGGGAUGCCUUCUUCUGACCAAUGCCGACUUUCGUCUAUUUGUUGAUGACUUAACCACUGUUGGCCGCCAGAUUUUCUCUGACACGGCAUAUUUCCUGUCAGAUACUUCACAGCAAGUGGGGGAACAGAUCAAGCCAUCACAAGACGAAGUCGACGCGGUACAGGGCGCCGGUGCAGAUGAAGGUCAGGCCCCGUCAAGCGAGGAACUACGCCAGGAGGUAGCUCAAGUCGCGGAGGCAGCCGGCAAUGGAGUAGCCCGUACUGGACAAGAGGUAAUCAAGAGUGCCAAAGAACAUCUGGGCGGACAGGAAAAGGAUACCUUGAUCUACCGGUUGAAGCAAGCCGUCCUGAAACUGCGAGAGCGAACGGACUAUUCAGACUCAGUAGCCACCCUUGCUACACUAGUGCAGCGUUACGCGAAAACAUACGCCAAUGCGGCCUCAGAUAUAAUCACAACGGCUGAAGAGGAGGUCGAGGUGAAUGAAGAUCUAAAGCAAGCCAUGCAGCAGUUCUGGGCUUUGGUUCAGUCGCUGGGCGAUGCUGAGCAAUGGAAGGCCCUGGAACAAAGAUUCCAGAAACUGUUGCAGCACACUAAUAAAGACCCAGAGUUUGAAAGACUGAUGGGAGAGUUAGGCUCUUCAGUGCAGCAGAUGCUGACCGAUCCCGGUUUUUUUGACUCUGCUUCAGAAAAACUCAGUGAACUCGAGGAGAAAUCCAAGAAAGUCGGCACUGAGUCUAAUCUGCGGCAGGAUGUGGAUGCUUUUCUAGAACAGGCAAAACGAGCUUUACGUACAGUCCCUGAAGAUGCCUCAGUGACCAAACUGGUCGAUGCUACCAACAAGCUAUACAAAGAUGCAUGGGACGGCUACUAUGAGAGAAAAAGCGAGUUACCCUCGGAUAUCCUUGAGGUCUUCUUUCCUGUUCUUCUUCGAACCAUACAACACAUUCCAAUCCCACGUCUGGAGGUGAUGGCGCCUGAGCUUGACCUUUUAUUGGAGAAUUUCAUCCUGGAGCCAGGCCACACUGUUAACUAUUCAUCAUUUCUCCCAUAUCGUCUGCAUAUCACCACUCGGAAUGACAUCGACGUCUUAAAGAGGCAUUCAAAGAGAACUACGGCCGAUCUCAAGACCACGUUUACUGCCACAGUCAUGGGGCUCAACGUUAGUGCUUCAGAAUUCGGAUAUUGGCUCCGCACGCACUCAGGCCUGUUUCGUUUCCAUGAUGAGGGUGUUGCCAGUUUUUAUCUGGAUAAGCGGGGUAUUGAUAUCUCCUUAGAUAUAGAAGUAGGUCGGGAGCGCCUGGAACAAAUCUUUACACUUCGCGGCGUGCGGGUGGUAAUUCACAAGCUCGAUUACAAGGUGCAUCGCAGCAAGUGGAAGUACCUUCUAUGGUUGACUAAGCCCUUCCUGAAGCAUAUGUUUCGUCGAGUCUUGGAGAAGAAGAUCGCAGAAAGAAUCGUUGCCGCCGCUUUUGCACUGAACCGAGAGCUCGUGUUUGCACGGGAGCGUUUGCGAGCUGCACGUAUUGCCAAUCCCCAAGAUCUGGCGACCUUUGUGCGGGCGGUGCUGACACGAUUGCAACCAGCCUCAGACGUUGAGACUCGUAUCGGCUUUGAUGCACCUGGAAAAGGUGUGUUCAAGGGUGUUUAUGCCCCUGGAAGUCUUACGAAAGUUUGGCACGAGGAGGCGUUGAGAGCUCUCGAGGCCAUUGAAGAAGGAGAUGAGAGCUAUGGUCUGAGAAGAACAUGGCGAAACGACAUAUUUAACGUUCCGACACGUAGCUCAUGA